UAUGCUUAUGUUCCUUGCUCUGCCUUACUGUUGUGAUUUCUUCAGAUUGUUUCAGACAGAUUUCAGAUUUGUGAUUGUGAAUGGUGAUCGUGUUGUGUUGUGUGGUGUUGGUGUAACUUGGUUGGUUUAGAAAAAAAAUCCUAAACUUUAAAAGAAAAUAAUAUACAAUUAAUAAUUAAUAUUGCAUUUACAAUGGACGCACUAAGCGAGAUCCUGACCCCGUACAAGGAGCCGGUGGCGCAGGUGACGCGCUUCGUCACCAUCGCGCAGAUGUUCUCGGGCUCCUUCAUCUGCUACGACAUCUACAAGCAGGGCAGCACCAAGGGCGUCGGCAUCAUGCCCUUCGUCGGCGGUCUCAUCAUGAGCGUCCUCAACUUGAAGUUCGGCUUCAUCCUCCGCGACGACACCAUGAUCCAGGUCAACUUCAUGGGUCUGGCGCUCAACUUGAUCUACCUCAUGGUGUACUACACGUACGCCGGCAACAAGGGCACGGUGUGGAUGCAGAUGGGGCUGGGCGGCGCGUUCUCGGCCGCUCUCAUCGCGUACUCAGAGAUGGAAGACCCGAAACUCGUAGAGAAUAGAUUCGGCAUCAUCAUUACUGCGUUUAUGUUUUAUUUGAUUGCGUCGCCUCUAUUCAGUUUGGGCGACAUCAUCAAGAACAAGAGCACAGAAGGCAUGCCUUUCCCCAUCAUCCUCUCGGGUACGGUGGUCACCUUCAUGUGGUUCCUCUACGGGAUCAUACUUAAGAACAAAUUCCUACUGCUACAAAACGCGGUGGUGUUCUUACUGUGCGCGUUCCAGUUGUCCCUGUUCGUGAUAUACCCCUCCAAGCCGAAGGAGCCGAAGACAGAGAAGAUAAAAGUAAAGAAAACCAACUAGACAUAUGUUGUAAGGACUUAGUUUUAUUACUAACCAAAACCGCAUAUGUAAUAUGUGCCUCUAGACCAAUGGUGUUAUAAGUAAACUCUUUAAAUGAAAAACCGGUCAAGUGCGUUUCACGCGCAGUGUAGGGUUCCGUAGAUUAUGUUAUCACUUUAAUCCCUUAUGUAAUGCAUAAAAAUACCGUUUAGCCGGUACACUACACACUUGAUUGUAACAAAAAUUAGGUCUUAAUAUUUUACAAACGAAUCCCUAAAUCGAAAAAUAUUGGUAGACGACCCCUCGUAUCUUUCAAAAACCUAUCCAACGCUACCCCACGCUAUGAAAUAAAUGAGAAAAAAUAAAUCAUCCCCACUUUACAUGUAGGUGUGGACCCUUAAAAACAUUUUUCAAGAUUCUGUUUUACGAAUUUGUUUACAGCUUUCUAGUAGUAAUAGUCUCUGCGCUAUACCGCGGACGGACGGACAGACAUAGCGAAACUAUAAGGGUUCAUUGUGGAAUACGGAACCCUAAAAACGUUAAAACCUGAUUUGCAAUCAUUUGGCUAGAAUGAAAAUUUUGUUCUUUUGAAAGUCAUUAUUUGAUCUGAUGUCAUUUUAAACAGCUAAAAACAUUAUUAAAAUUUCUAAACAACCGCUUCUUCUCAAUCGAUCCAUUUCUUUACUAUAUUUUAGAUACAUAUAUACAGUAAAUUUACAUCCUUUUUUUGCGUUCGAGGAAAAAUUCAGACUUAAAUUGGAAUUACAAUUAAUAGUUUAAUUUUAAUUUGCAUUCCAAUAUUUACUUACAACACCAUUGGAUGAUACAGUUCCUUUUAUAGUAUUUACAGAGUAUAUUUAUUAUAUGUAAUAUAUAUUUAAUACAACAAGACGUUCAAUAAGAAUCAAUAUGACUUUUUUUUUCUACAUAAUGCUUUAUGUAGUCUUGCAAAAUGAGUAUUAUAUUUGUAUCAUAGUAGAUACAUAGUAUAUUUGUAACAAAGAUAUUUUUUUUUACGUAAUACGUAUAUAAAACUUAUUAAUAUUAUAUACAGCAUAGUACAGUACAGUAUAAAUAUAAGUAUAGUGGAAUUUAAUUCCGAUAUUUUAUAUGCAAUGUUGUUGAUUUAUACAGAUAUUCGUACUUUGCGAAAGUCUAUGUAGGUACUUUGAAUAGUAUAUUUAUUUUGAUAUUUACCGCGAUAAAGGUACACCUCAUUUCAAUAAAACAAUGCGCCUUAUAACAAAUCAUUAUAAAUUAUAAUAAAGUUAAAAAUCCGAACCUAAGGGUGGCUUCACACUGCAUAGACUUUGGUCUAAGGUCUAAGAGUUUGCACUGACUUAAAUUGGUGUACAGUGCCCGCCAUGAGAUAUUUUGUUUGUGAAGCUAGCAACAAUUGACUGUGCAAUGAAUCAAUAAAUCAAGGUUCAAAAUUUCUUAAGAAAUCUUGAACUUAUUUUCUUAAGAGGGCCUGGCAUUUAGUGGGUCAUUAAAAUGGUCUGAUAAUGAUAAGUUGUCUCUUAUCAGUAUCUUGUGAACUAUUUGACUUACGCCAACCUAUAUCUGUACUUGUAAAUUGUGAUUCUGUGGGUGCCACUUUACAUAACAUAUUACGGAGUUAUAAGAAUACUUAUUUGUACAAUAAACAAAAUGUAUUGUUAUUCCUCUUCCUUUUUAACAACCAAGUACAAAUUUUUAAUAUUGUGUGAAUUUUUUUUAACUUCACUAUACAUUAAUCAUUCCUUGUAUGAUCCAAUUUGUAAAGGAUCACGAUUAUUUUGUUAUUUUCAGUUUUGGUGAAACUUUAGUUUUGUGUGUAACUGACUCAAAUAUGUCGCAAAUUUAAGUAACUAUUAUGUUUUGUAUACAUUUAUAUUUUAGUUAAAUCUAUCAUAGUUUUAUUAAACAUUUGUCAUCAAAAAUACCUUUUGAAAUUCAACGGACUUCAUAAAAUAAUACCUAAUUGUGGGACCAUCAUGAGAAUGAUAGCUUAGAAACUAAAAUAGUAUUUUCCAAAUCGGUCCACAAUUUACGGAAAUCGGUGAACAUAUACAAAAAAUACUGUGUCUUUAACAUGAAACCAAUCGUGCUUCAACAAGGUCCACAUUUGAAUUCCGACUGUUAAAAGUAUAUAUAAUUUAGAAUUUUCCAUGAUAACGUUAUAAAUGUUGCAUUUAUAACCCCUUCACACUGCGUUUUUUUUCAAUGUAGACGUUAUUUGUAAUUCGAAAUGAAUUUUUGCGCAACGCAGACGAGAUACGCGACGAACGCGCAAAAUGACCGCGCAGACGCAAAAAAGAAGCACGUCCAGCGUAUCAUACUAAAUUAAGUUAAAAAAGUUUACUUUUGAGUUAUGAUGAGUCAAGUCUGUCAGUUAAUAUUAAUAAGGACGUAAACCUGAUUUAUGUGAAGAAAACAUAGCUGUUUGCGUUCGUUAAUUUUUUACACUUACACUCUUAAGCGUUCUGUGGUAUUGUAUAUUACAGAAACGGCGGCGUUUUAAUAUCUCCCGAGUGCAAGCGGGCGCGUUGAUCUUUCUCUCAUUAAGAGAAACGAGUGUAAUUUUGUGAGGUGCAGUUGUAAGGCGCGUAAUUUCGGUCGCCUAAUUUCUGCUGCAUUCGGUUUCAUACAAAAUUCCUGGCCCAGGGCGUCGCAAAAUGAGUUGUGUUCCGACUUACACGCGAAUUUCUGCGACCGAAAUUACGCUUGUUUGGCCUCACCCUGAAUGUCUCGUGAAUCUCGGAUUUUGCAUAGAUAUACCUACACCUAUCUUUAUUUAAAAAACGUUAUUUAAAAAACCUAUAACAGGGUUUUUUGAUGUGUUGGUUGGGGUUAUUAUAUGCGUAUUUUUAGGCUUUCCGAUUCCAUAAUAUUAAAAUAACGUCUUUUUUGUGAUACCGUUUCGCUCAGCUAUACAAUGUGUUCAUUAUGAAAUACAAUUACGACCCGACAACGCAAACGCACGCGCCGGAUCGUCAUUUGCGCUGUGAUAUCGUAGUGUGAAUGGGCCUUUAUGAAUAAUUGUGAAUAGUUAUACUAUAGCUUCCAGUUUAAGGUUACCGAUGGAUUUGUGAUAUUUUGUACCAUUUAUGACAGAGUGAAUUGUGAGCAGUUUGUAUUGAAUAAACUUAUAUUUUGAUUCA